AUGAAACUGCUUAUUGAAGUCUUUUUGAAGCAAUCCAUCUUUCUAAAUUCUCCACUUCCACCUAAACACAACAAGAGAUAUUGGCCAUCACUUAAGGACAUUUAUAACCAUAUGGCAUCUCAGUUUCUCAAACUACGAGAUAGCAGUUUUGAUCAGAAAGAGGUUCAAGGAAUGAUUGAAGAACAGAGGUCAAUCCAUCAAGAAGACAGAUACUACUUAAGAAUUAAGACUGAUCAAGAUCAAGAACAUCCUGUGAGCGGUGAUCCAGAUGAAAGGUUAUUUGUUGAUGAAGACCUGUUCAUUGGAAAUUAUGGAAAGAGUGGUGAUGGAGUCAACAAAUUCCUGUACGUACAUCAGACUGCUUGGCAAAGACAACUGCUGAAUAGAUAUGGAAAUGAGAUCUGUCUUCUGGAUGCAACAUACAGAACAACCAGAUACACCUUGCCUCUUUAUUUCCUUUGUGUUCCUACAAAUGUAAACUACAUGACCGUUGCUACAUUCAUAGUUGAAACAGAGGACAGUGUAUCCAUCCAAGAAGCCCUAUCUAUUAUAAAAUCAUGGAAUCCAAACUGGAAGCCAGCAUAUUUUAUGUGUGACUAUGCAGAUGAAGAAAUAUCUUCUAUUGAAUCUGUUUUUCCAGGUAUUUUAAUGAAUAUUUUUGUACAUACUAUUUUCAGUCGUUUUACUGUUUCUAAUUACAAGUAUGCUCUGAGCAGAUCAUUUUCUUUUUUUUUAAAUUUGCUUCAUAUAUACUCUUUGAAUUGAAAAAUCAAGACAUUUAUUAAGGUCCUUGUGGGAACUUCCAAUGAAAUUUAUAUCAUUACAUGUUCAUGUAGGUGGAACAUGUAUGUUAUCUCAAACACAUCAUACAUUUU